AUGUGGGAAGCUCGUGAUUUCAGGCGUAACAAUACACUGCUCAGUGUUGACUGCUUGCUCCUGGAUGAGAAGGCUAAUGCGAUUCAUGCAUCUAUUCACCACCGCCGUCUCCAUAACGACCACACCACUAGGGACAAAGUGGAGAGUGAAGAAUACUCAAUUCCUACUGAAUAUAUCCGGAUUAAGCUAUUCAAAGAUAUUGAGAGGAGGGUACCAUUUACACCACCACACCAAAACCAACUCCAUCUCAAAAUCAUUCGACCUCUCCGACAAGAAUACAACAUCAGCUACACAAUCCCUUUUACCAACAAUCAGAUCAUAGAAGAAACUAACUCAAGCUUCAAGCAGACAAUCAAAUUCUUCAUCGAAUAUCAUGACAUUGACGAUGAGAUAACAUGUACGUUAACGGAAACAUUAAUAGACUUUAUUGAGACAGCGGUAUUAUCACCGGAAGCGGACACCACAAACCGUCUACAUGUUUUCUUCGAAAUUGAAGACCACAACCCAAACUCAUCAAGAAGAUUGGAUGUCGACCUGGUAAUCACAGACCUAGAAACAACACAAGCCCAAGCAUCAGAAGAAGAACAUGGUGAUUGUCCUAUAUGUCUUGACAAACAAACUAAGAGGUCCUCAAAACAUCAACACUUUGAGUUGCAGUCAUAA